AUGUCCUUGCCCCUGCUAGGUCGCAUGGUAGCAGGCCUUGGAGAAGGGUAUGUGUCAGCUAUUUGGGCAGAACUAGCCAGAAUCACAACUGAGGAAGAACGUACUCGAUACUUUGCAUUACUAAAAGUAAGUUACCUUUUGGGAAUUGUCUUAGGACCAGCACUAAACUUCUUUCUAAUGGAGUUUGAUUUCUACAUCGGUAACUGGCACAUUGAUUUCCGCACAUCGCCGGGAUUUUUCAUGGCUUUAAUGUGGAUACUAGUCACUGGUAUCAUGUUUGUAUUUGUCUACGAUCUCUCAAACGAGAUGAGAAAAGAAAGAGGGUAUGAACCAGUUUCAGACGGUCUAAGUGAAGAACAGUUUUCUAAAAAAGAGCAACUCCAAGAAGCGUACAGCAUGAAAAGCUUAGGGAAUAAGCACAGUGAAAUGACGUCAUCUCCGUUCAUAAAUGAUGACGUCAUCAAAACCGAAGAGAUAGCAAGAGAUUCAACGAAAUCCAGCAAUGGUCCAUUCUUAGAUGCUGUAAUAGAUAUUUUUGCCAAAUUCCACGUGAUUGUAGUGGUAUACUCGAUAUUUUUCAUUUAUAUUCUCCAUUCAUCUCUUCAGGCCAUCACCCCCCUGGUUGCUGAGAACAUGUUACUUUGGAGUGAAGACAACAUCAGUUUACUAUUUACAAUCUGGGGUGUAGAAAUUGUUAUUUUUGCAAUUAUUCUCUUCAUUUUGUCGCAGAAAAUUUCAGAUCGACACCUGCUUUUGAUUUCCGCUAUUUCUGGUAGUCUUGCAUCUGUUGGUGUUAUUCUGUUGGCGUCCUCUUCCCCGAUGUCUAACAGAGCUUACUAUAGUUUGUUAGUAACGAUUGCCUUGGAUGGAAUACCAAUAGUUGUUAUUAACGCAGUUGGUCGUUCUUCAGUUUCGAAACACACUAGUCUAGACAAUCAAGGCCUGGUGCAAGCCAUACUGAGUGUAUUGAAUAGAGUGGCUUUACUUACAGGACCAUUAAUUGGUAGCAGUCUGUUUACACAUAAAGAAAUCCUAGCAAUUAUUCUAUCAGAAUCACAGAUCCUCGAAUUGGUCUUGGUUAUACUUGCUUUCAACAAACUCAAAGCGAAUCUCAGUAAAAGUUAA